AUGUGUGCGCAAGAGGCGAUAGCAUCAGCUAAGCCGAUUCGACCCAUCAGCGCUUUUGUCCCAUCUUCACAAAAGGCAACUGUAUUAGAGAAAAAGCGACGAAUAACACCUGAGUUUCAAGACAUUUGUCGAGUGUUAAGAGAAAAGCAAACUUCCUUACCAGCACCGGACCUCUCUAUAGCAACUCCUUUCAUGCGUCCACAGAUGGUUGACUGGCUUUUUAGAACGUGCGACUACUUCAAAUUUUCUGCAAAAAUCGAGUUUCAAGCGUUGUGCUACGUCGACUUGUAUUCGUCCCGGCGCGUCGUCAACUCGGACGAACUUGGGUUACUCUUUCUCACUUCCUUAAUCUUAGCAGCACGGUACCAGGACAUCGAAAUUGGGAAUGAAGCCGCUCUCAAAAUGUGCGAUGGAAAAUACUCAACUGAAUCAAUUAAAGCUAUGGAGUAUAAACUCACCAACACGGGGUUUUUCCACCCCGACCACCCCACUGUAUUUGACUUUUUGUCUUUACUGUGGCAAGCCGCGGGAUACCCUCCUUAUGCUCAGGAUAGGAGAAAUCACCCUAUUGUAGAGGCGAGUCUUAUUUUUAUGUCGGUAAUGGCCAUCGAUCCGGUGUUCACUACUAAUGCGUCGAGUGGUAUUGCGUCCGCUGCGUUCUUCUUUGCGAGGGAUAUCUGUCAUUUCGUCAAUUUGUGGGACGGAAGGUACCAAAAGUGUAUCCUGAUGAGAAAAGAAGACGUGAAAGAGGUUGCGCUGGACUUUAUACCAAAGAUGCAGUUUUGUUUACUUAGCAAGACCGUGCCGUCGUUCUUGGUCUGCCAAAGGUUUGUCCACUUAAUCGUUGCCCACCGGCAGAAACACGAACACGUUUCAAAAAAUAUACAAUCGAAAAAUACGAAGGCGCAAUGUUUCUGGGAUAAUGGGGAUGUUAAAAACUUCGACUGA